AUGAAAACCACACGAGUUGUCAUUCCGGAUGAAACGAAGGAUGUUUCAAAAGAGGAGGAAGAAGUUGAAAUUGAUAAGGAUUCCACAAUGAGUUUCAAAGGUCCUCCUUAUACAUGGAAAAGAGGUAAUCUACAAGAGCAUCCCGAUAGAGUGAUGUACAAUAAUGAUUGGCAAAUCACCUUCCCUAAUGUAGAG